CUCCAGCCCACGACAUCGAACCGCCUAUACCCACGCCUCCGGCGCCGGCCACACCACUGCUCCCCGGCGGUGGCGGCGGCGGCGGCUGCUCCGACCGCCGCUCCCCCACCGCACACGCCGCCGCCCAUGUGGAAGAGGGUCCUCGAGACGACCAAGAAGGCCGCCGCCGCCGCCGCCGCCGCCCCCGCUGCAGCUGGCCCGCAGCUCGCCACGCGGAAAAACCCCGCCUCCAGCCGCCGCAAGGCCGUCACGCCGGCCACCGCGGUCUCCCCCUCCGUACUCCUCCGCCUCAAGCAGGCCGCCUCCUCGAAGAGGGCCAGCCUACCCUCCGCCAUCCCCGACGCCCAAGAUGUAGCCAGUGAGGAGGACGAGGGCCGUUCCAACGGUUUCACCCAGGAGAUCCUGUCCAUCUUAAAAGGACCUGAUGAUGCGGAAGAAUCGAGGGCGGUGGAAGAGCCGAUGGAGGAUUCUGAAGAUGCCGAAAAGUUUGUCGUGAACAAGAUAUUGGGCACGGAGUGGUUUGCGGUGCCACCACCUAGCAAGCCAUUGACGACCUGGCGGAGGGCUGUGGCACGGGAGAGGAAGAAGCGGUACAUAUUCAAGAACACAGAGAGCCGCCGCUUCACUAGGUUGAUGCAGGAGUGUGCCAGAAAGCUUGGAGCAGAGCCUGCGCUUGAAUUUUUCGGGAAGCUGGGGAGGGAUACUGGGACUAAGGAGUUCAAUGCAUUGAUCAGGAUUUGUCUGCGUAAGGCGAAGGCAUGCAGUGAUAUUGACUCAGCAGUGGAGCAUAUUUAUAGGGCUUAUCACCUCUUUGAGAUGAUGAGAGAUAGGGGUUUUCAGAUUGUGGAAGAUAAUUACGGACCAUUCCUCUUGUAUCUGGUGGAUGUGGGGAUGUCAGAGGAAUUUGAGAUGUUCAGUGUUUUCUUGAAGGAUGCAAAUCCACAGUCCAAUUCAAGAAUAGCUUAUUACGAGAUGUUGCUUUGGAUUGGAGCUCAAGAUGAAGAAAAGAUUCAACAACUUUGCCAUUCCGUUGAAGACUUCAAUAAAGAAGGCGAAUACGACAUGGCAGAAAGUUAUAUGCUGGCCUUUGCUGAAAGUGACAGGAAAUUGGAUUUCAUCAACUUGCUUGAGUCACUUGAUCCAACAAAAGUUAUAUGUUCAAAGUACUUAUCGACAAUAUUCCAGUUUUUGGGUAGGUUUGAACUGAAGAACUAUGCUGAGAAGCUUCUUAAGCAGAUGAGAUCAAAAGAAUCCAACAUUGGAGACUUUUCAUCCAUAUUAUGUGAAUAUGCUGCAAAUAUACCACACAUUGAGGUUGAAGAUGUUAUAGUAUCAUUCAAUAGAUGGCAUGAGCAGUUUGAGGUAGCACCUUCUAUUUCUGCAUCUGAGAAGAUCAUCUCUAUUUGCUGCAAAUCGUCAAAGAUUGCCUUAGCUCUUGAUGUAGUUGAGUGCUUAUGUAAAUCCAACCCCGAUGCACCAGUUGAAUUAUUUCAUCCAAUAAUACAUGCCUGUGAGCAAGACUCUGAAUUUCACAUGGUUCAUCGCAUAUAUGAUUUGAUGCGCCGGCACAAGCUGAAAUUGAAAUACGAAAUGUUUCGAAGCAUGAUAAAUUUAUGUGUAAAGAUGAAAGAUUUUGAAGGUGCUUACAAUAUACUCGCAGAUGCAGAAGAGUCUAGGGAUAUAUCCACUGUAAGCCUGUAUAACGCUAUCAUGCUUGGAUAUUUCAGGGAGAAAAACCACAAUGGAGCACAAAUGGUAAUGGCGCAAAUGCAGAUUGCUGAAGUAAAACCAGAUUCUGAAACAUUUAGUUAUUUGAUAUUUAACUGCGAGUCUGAAGAGAAAAUCUCUGAGUAUCUUGAUCAAAUACGGCAAGAUGGAAUAUACAUGUCCAAGCAUAUAUACAUGUCACUAGUUAGUGCAUAUGCAAGGCAUGGGAAUUUUGACAUGGCUAAGCAGGUUCUCCAAAACAAGAAAAUACCACCAAAGUACCUCAAUGAAAUUAAGAGCGCACUUGUCGGUGCGCUUGCAUCAAAUGGGAAGGCAUUGGAUGGACUAAUCAUGUAUGAUGAAAUCAGGCAAUCUGGAUGCCACCUUGAGCCAAAGGCUGCAGUUACCCUGAUUGAGAAUACCCAAACAAAAGGUGAGCUGGACAGACUCUAUCAACUUCUGGAAGAGCUUAGUGACUCAACCUUCUGGUUUGAUGGGUGUAGCAGAGUACUUCUGUACUGUGUUCAGCACAAUCACCCUAAUGCCGCCAUUGAUUUGCUAAAGCAGCUUAAGGAGAAAGAUGAAAUGAUUACAUAUAUGGUUAUCGAUCAGGUCUUCUGCCAAAUAUGGGAUAUGGACCCUGUAAAUUUGGAUAUCGGAAUGGAGAUUCUCCAUUCCAUCAAAGAGCUCGGACUUAAUGUUUCUCGGACAAGUCUCGACUUUCUUCUUAGUGCCUGUGUAAAGGCAAAGGAUUCAAAUCGUGCCCAGCUGAUCUGGUCAGCAUAUGAAUCUGCUGGCCUUCCACAUAAUGUACUGACUUCCUUGAGGAUGUAUCAGGCUCUUCUGUUGUCCCAGAAGAAGAAGGCAGCUAAGAAGUUGCUGCGGAAGAUACCAAAGGCAGAUGUUCAUGUGCGUUAUGUAAUAGAUUCUUGUCAAAUGGCAUACUGCAGCCCGGAUCAUAGGCCUUGUUCUGUGAGUAGGUUCAGUUCAAAAAAAGAAGCUGCUUCCAAGGCUGGGAGCACCUGUGAACCUGCUAAUUCGGGAACUCUUUCUACACUCUUCAAGAAUACAUGAUGAAGGAUAUGAGGCGUUUCAAAAUGAAGCCGAAGAGGCACAGACUGCCCCUUGAUAAUAGACAGACUUUUCCUGAACAUUGCCUUUGGUGCCCAGAAUUACCUGCAUUGCUUCAAGGAGCUACAUGUGUUUCUGUUUCUGGCUUGAAACAAGCAAUCAUACAUGGGAGCCGUCACCGAAAGACGGCGAGACCACUGGCCACAUUUGAGGCCUUUGCUGUGACCACUGGCCACCACUCCCUGCAUUGCAUUGCAUUGCAGCCCCCACUUGGCUUAAUGGCCAAGACCUAGCUAGCCAGCCUCUCUGCUCAUAGUGCUUCCCAUGUGACCACAAGGCUAGGGUUUGGUCACAGUGAAACAAUCACUGCCCCACAGCCUCACCAACCAGGAAAAAGAUCUGCGCUGUUUGGUAUUGGGAGUGGAGUGAGAGGAGAGAUUGGUAGGGUAGAAUAUGUGUACUCAGUCUACAACCAAGAUAUCACAGGAUAAAAUCUGAACCAGACAAGUAACAGCCACACAUUUUUGCACCUGUUACAGCUCAAGAAGUAGGUAAAACCUGAAAUUAAUGUGUAGAAGUUCUGAUUUGAGCUCAAGCUUUUUGGAUGAUAAAUCCUUUGAUUA